UGCAGACAUCCCUUCUGUUUCGAUCUAUAUCCAAACCCUAUUUCCGCUCCAGUAACCCUAAUCCUCUCUCUCUACUCUUCACUCACACUCGAAAAUGCGUGAGAUCCUUCACAUCCAGGGCGGACAAUGCGGUAACCAGAUCGGAGCUAAGUUCUGGGAGGUCGUUUGCGCCGAGCACGGUAUCGAUGUAACCGGAAAGUACACCGGAGACUCCGAACUUCAACUCGAGAGGAUCAACGUCUAUUACAAUGAGGCCAGCGGCGGAAGGUUUGUUCCACGAGCGGUGCUCAUGGAUCUGGAGCCCGGUACGAUGGACAGUCUCAGAUCUGGUGCCUACGGUCAAAUCUUCAGACCUGAUAACUUCGUCUUUGGUCAGAGUGGUGCUGGUAACAACUGGGCGAAAGGACACUACACCGAAGGCGCCGAGUUGAUUGACUCUGUUCUCGAUGUUGUUAGGAAGGAGGCCGAGAACUGCGAUUGCUUGCAAGGUUUUCAGGUGUGUCAUUCUCUAGGAGGUGGAACAGGAUCCGGAAUGGGAACACUUUUGAUUUCAAAGAUCAGGGAAGAAUAUCCCGACAGAAUGAUGAUGACCUUCUCCGUAUUUCCUUCUCCCAAGGUUUCAGACACUGUUGUUGAACCUUACAACGCCACAUUAUCUGUCCACCAGCUUGUUGAAAAUGCUGAUGAAUGUAUGGUUCUUGAUAACGAAGCCUUGUAUGAUAUCUGCUUCAGGACACUCAAGCUCACAACUCCAAGCUUUGGUGAUCUCAACCAUCUCAUUUCUGCAACAAUGUCCGGCGUCACAUGCUGUCUAAGGUUUCCAGGGCAACUCAAUUCCGACCUCCGAAAACUUGCAGUGAAUCUGAUUCCAUUCCCUCGUCUGCACUUCUUCAUGGUCGGAUUCGCCCCUCUCACCUCCCGUGGGUCCCAACAAUACCGCGCAUUAACCGUCCCUGAACUCACCCAACAAAUGUGGGACGCAAAGAACAUGAUGUGCGCCGCUGACCCCCGCCAUGGCCGCUACCUCACCGCCUCCGCCAUCUACCGUGGCAAAAUGAGCACGAAAGAGGUGGAUGAACAAAUGCUAAAUGUCCAGAACAAGAACUCGUCUUACUUUGUGGAAUGGAUCCCAAACAAUGUGAAAUCAACUGUUUGUGAUAUUCCACCAACUGGGCUAAAAAUGGCGUCUACUUUCAUUGGGAAUUCGACUUCCAUCCAGGAGAUGUUUAGGCGUGUUAGUGAGCAGUUUACUGCUAUGUUUAGGAGGAAGGCUUUCUUGCAUUGGUACACUGGUGAGGGAAUGGAUGAAAUGGAGUUCACUGAAGCUGAGAGUAACAUGAACGAUUUGGUGUCUGAGUAUCAGCAGUAUCAGGAUGCUACUGCUGAUGAGGAGGGAGAGUAUGAGGAAGAGGAGGAAGAGGCAGAGUACGAGGGUUGAUUGGGAGAGAAGGGUGAAGGAGACUAGAGUCUAUUAUAUGGUUAUUAUAUUGUUUUGUGUGUGAAUUGUCUUGUGGUUGUCAACUCAACUACCAUUUUGAGUUGGUUUGUGAAAAACUUGCAAGAAAGAUCUAUGGGUUUUUGGUAAACAGUGUGGGUGUAAUUCUGUUUCUGGAUUAUAACUAGUACUCGUUUUUGUGAUUA